CCUAUAGCAACUAAACAGAGAAGCCUUUUCUUUUCUGAGUCGGACUCGGGGAGUGGCGGACGUUCACUAUACAUUCGGCACGAGACAACGUGUACUUCAGUCUUUAAUAGUGUGUCAAUAUGUUAGAAAGUAUACAAACAGCACAUGUGACAGUAUUUAUUUGAAGUUCGGAUUUAAGUGACUAAAUUGUUUAAACGAGCGACAAUUUAUUUAUACAUAAACGCACCAUAAAAUCACAAUGGGAAACUUUCUGUCGAGGCUAUUUCGCGGCAAAUCUAAAGGUGCCCCCGAGUCCGCUCCCGCCUCCGCAUCACCCGACCAUCAGUCCUCCAGCGAGGCGACAGCAAGCAGCGCCCCCGCCAUUUCAAUAACCGAGAAAAAGGAAUCGGAAGAACGUCACGGUCAGUCCGAAAGCAAGAUAAACACCAAGAAGAUGACGAGCGUCGAUGCUGUUAAGCAAGAAGGCGAGAUGCAGAGCGAUGCGGAAAGGAGUAGUACGCCUCUAGCUGUAGAAGCAGUAGAAAUAGCUCUUGCUAUCACACAGGAACUGCCGCAAGAGGAGCCUGUUCAGAUAUUGGAGCAGGCUAAGUCUGACACGGCAGCUGAGCAACAACAAGCUGCAACAGCUGAAGCUGUGGAGCACAAUGCAGAAACCGGCCAGCAGAAAGAGGAGACUGGCGCUGCUCAACAAGAAGUGACUGCUCUUGUCGCAGAACAACAGGAGACAGCAGAAAGCACACAGCAAGAAAAUAACGUAGAGGAAACAGUAACUCAAGAACAAGAACAAGUGGCUGCUCCUGUCGCAGAACAACAGGAGACGGCAGAAAGCAAACAGCAAGAAAUUCAAGAAGAGGAAACAGUAACUCCAGAACAAGAAACAACACAAGAAUCCGCACCAGAAGCUGAUCAACAAAGCAUCCCAGUGAUACAAGUUGGGGCUGAACAACCCGCAAUUGAACAAGCUGAAACCGACCAACAGGAAGAGGAAACUGGCGUUGCUCAACAAGAAGUGGCUGCUCCUGUCGCAGAACAACAGGAGACGGCAGAAAGCAAACAGCAAGAAAUUCAAGAAGAGGAAACAGAAACUCCAGAACAAGAAGCAACUCAAGAAUCGGCACCAGAAGCUGUUCAACAAAGCAUCCCAGUGAUACAAGUUGAGGCUGAACAACCUGCAAAUGAACAAGCUGAAACUGCUAAAACUCAAGAACAAACUCAAGACGGCUCUCCAAAUGGUACUGAUGAGGCACAGCCAGUUUCAGAAUAUACACAGCCAGAGGUUUGUGGCGUGAAUGAAGUAGACCAUUCACACGAGCAUACACAACUUCUUGAACAAUCUCCUGCAACAGAGACUGUUGAACAAUCAGAUACAAAUGACCAAACGCAGCCAGCUCCCCAAGAGCAGUCGGAAGAGAAUCCUGAACAGCAAGAUCAGAUGACAGAGCAACCUGCUGAAUCCUCCGAACAGCCUGCUGCAUUUUCAGAACAACAUGUCGGAGCUACAGAAAUGUCAGAAGCUGAAUCACCCGAACAGCCGGUAGCUGAAUUGCCAGAACAGCUGGUUGAAACGUCGGAGCUGUCAGCUGAAUCACCAGAACAACCGAAAGCUGACUCUUCUGAGCAACCAACUGAAUCGCCAGAACAAGCCACAGAGUCUAUAUAUACUCAAGAACAACAGGCCGAGACUCAAGAAGAAGUUGCCGCAUCAUCCGAACAACCUAUUAAAUCAUCAGAGCAGCCGGAUGAAUCAUCUGAAAAGCCCGUCGAAUCAUCUGAGCAGACAGAGGAAUCGGCUCAAACCGAUGAACAAACGCAUGUGCUACCAGCUGAAUCAUCUGAGCAGACUGAUGCAAUUACUGAACAAGGUGUUAUCGAGACAGAACAACAAGCUGAGCAGAGAGGACAGCCUGCUGAAUCAUCUGAACAAUCUGUUGAGGAGACGGAAAAAACAGCUGAACAGAUAGAACAGCCAGCUAAAUCAGAAGAACAACCGGCUGAAUCUUCAGAAAAAGCAACUGAGCAGCCUGAACAGUCAAAUGAGCAUAUUGAAAACCAAUCUGAAUCUAAAGAACAGCCAACUGAAUCAAAUGAUGAAACAGCGAAUAAAUCUUCUGAACUUUCUGCUGUAUCCCAAGAACAAGCAGCUACAUCUACGGAACAGCCAGCAGAAGAAUCGCCUGUACAGGCAGCAGGAUCUUUUGAACAGCCCUCUGAGCAGACAGAACAACCAGCUGAUUCGCCUGAAGAGUCACUUGUUGAAUCGUCGAAACAGGCAGCUGAAUCCGCUGAACAAGCCUCAGCUGAUUCUCAAGAACAAACAGUUGAAUCUUCUGAGCAGGUAGCUGAUUCGCAAGUACAACCUGAAUCAUCAGAACCACCGACUCAGUCGCAAGAGCAACAAGAUGAAUCUACUGAACAGCCAAUUGAAUCUUCAGAGCAGCCAAUUGAAUCUUCUGCGCAGCCAGUCGAAUCUAUUGAGCAGCCAAUUGAAUCUUCCGAACAGCCACUCGAAUCUUCUGAGCAACCAAAUGAAUCUUCUGAACAGCCAACUGAAUCUUCUGAGCAGACUAUUGCAUCUUCAGAACAACCAGCGGAAACUACAGAACGAACAGCUGAAGUAACAGCUGAAAAUACAGAGCAACUAGAACAAUCAGCUGAACCCACACAGCAAACAGCUGACCAGUCUUCAGAUACUGAUGGACAGAAGCAAACGCCGGAGCAAGCGGAACCGACCGAAACUGUCCACCAAGCAGAUGAUGCGGAAAAGAAAGUGGACCAGCCCGCGGAGCAAACGUCGGCAGAUCCGGCUCCGUAAUGGGCAGCGGAGCUAGAUGUCCAAUAUUUAAAACAUAAGUGAUAGAAACAAUAACUCCAUAUAUAUUAUAUAGUAUUAUCAGAUAUGCAAUUAUGAGGGAAAUAAAGCAUAUGCAAACUAUUUACAGGAGUGGGGCUGAUUGAGAAAUGCAAGCCUAUUAACUUUUUUUAAAGAUAUGUUGUUGUGUUAUUUAAAUGACGAAAAUGCAUUUAUGUGUUAGGGUUGAUGUAGGAAGAAUACAUUUGUGUCUCAUAACAUGAAUGAAGUUCUAAUUUGAAAUGCUGGCUAGUAUUGUGUAUGUUUUAGAAAAUUGCUUAUUUAUGAACAUGUAUAUCAUUUCUUUACAUUGCUAUGGUAAUAAUUAUUAUCCAAUACUUAUAAUAAACUGUGAUAUCCAA